AUGUGCUGGGGUGCGAUCCUCGCCAACUUCAGCCCCGAUCGGGUGCGCCGGCGGCUGACAGCAGCCCAGCUCUGGCCGAACGCCUUCUUAUCCGCCGAGAGGAAGACCACCGGCAAGCGGAAGAGGAAGGCCGCUGCCACGACCGACGACGAGUUCGAGGCAGAGUUCCAGCUUUUCGAGGAGGAGGAGGACAACGAUGACGAGACUCCUAUCGAGGCGGCGUCUGCAGCCGAUCGGUCCCGGAGGUGCCGUCCUUCCCUCGCCGGUGUAACCAGCCCACUAGAUGUUCCCGUCGCUGGGGGUUCCAGGCGGCGCCGCGUAGCGGGUGCCACGAGCAGCAAGUACAGAGGCGUUCGCCGGCGGUCAUCGGGAAGGUGGGCGGCGGAGAUCAGAGACGCUCGGCAGGGGCGGCGCGUGUGGCUCGGCACCUACGGCACUGCCGAGGAGGCCGGCCGUGCGUACGACCGCGAAGCCCGCCGGAUCCGCGGGAAGAGCGCGAGGCUCAACUUCCCGCUCGAAGGCUGUUCUAGCCGGAGGAACAUCGACCUCAACCGGCCCGCCGUCCCUGACGACGGCAUGAUGGCUACCGAUGAUGACACAGGCAACGUCGAGGUGACGAAGACCGUACAGCCGACGGCGCAGGGUGCUCACGACGAGCAGAUGGCGAGCGUCGUAUCUGAGCUGAUGGGCAGAGCGCACCGGAGGAGUGGAACCAGAGUGCCCCCUGGGGCGCUGCAGCGUGCGGCGUUGAUCUCCGCAUGCAGCCGCGAGAUGGAAGUGGUUGCCGCGCUGAGGAGGGACCUGGAGAACCGCAUGAGGCAGCUGGAUGAGCGGAAAGAUCAGCUCGCGAGGAUAGCUUCUUUUUUGCUUGACUAA